AUGGGUUCAGGGAUUCACAAACAGGAAUGUUGGUUUUGUCAAUAACAAGACUAUCUGCUACCCCUGUGGCAACUACAUCCUUUUUGUUGACAUUGAAACAAAGAAGACGACAGUGCUGAAGUGUAAGAAUGGCCACGUUGGAGCCUUUGCAGUGAAUGGGAACAGUCAAGUGGUGGCUUUUUCAGACCAGAAGCUAAAUCCUGUCAUCUAUAUCUACACUUUUCCAGGACUUGUUAAACGGUCAGAAAUAAAAGGGCAGGCACAGCUGGACUACUCUUUACUUGCAUUCAGUUACGUGGGUCCUUAUCUGGCCAGUUACUCUUCAGUCCCAGAAUUUGCUCUUUCAAUAUGGAACUGGCAAGAAAAUAUCCUUUUGUGCAGUAAAUCUCAACCAGGUGUGAAAGUGACCUCUAUGAGCUUUAACCCCAUGAACUGGCACCAGCUUUGUUUGUCCAAUGAAAACUCCCUUACUGUCUGGAAUAUUGAAAGGAACGAUCAAGAACAUCAUCUCAAGUCAAAGUAA